AAAUAGUAAUCUUGAUUAUCGCUAAGAUACCGCAUUCGAUACGAUAGUGUCGCUGUUUACGAGACAUGAUGCGAUCAUCGAGCCCUCCUACGUAUAACAUUACGGCAAAAUCUUAUCUGUUACAGCGAUUUACCGAGUCACACAACGUCAGCUUAGUAGAAUGCACUGGCGUGUACGGUACGCACCGAGUCUUACAUCACGCGCGUAACUAGUUUAUUUCCUUUUUUUUUUACGCCUUUCGAAAUGGCUGCUCAAGGUAAAAACUUUGAUAAUACACUUCAUUCCGCGAGCAUAGAUAGGGACGUUUUUAAAGUGAUCGAUUCCGAUACGGUUUACGCAAAUGGAACGGAAAAUCAUCGCGGUGACGACGCGUCGCGGAAAGAAUCGACGGAGUUUCUCGUUAAAUAUCGCGAUCGCGUUUAUAAUAUUCAAAAUUUCCUGAAUUAUCAUCCCGGCGGAAAAAACCCGCUCGCACAUCUCAAGGAUCAAGUGUUGGAUAAGGAGUUAGCAAAAAAUCCUCAUUCCAAGUCCGCCUACUAUCUUCUCGAGGAGUUCGCUGUGCAACAUCAAGAGAGAUACAACGAGUGCGAAAAUCUGAUAAACUGGAAUGCGCCACUCUUAUGGCAAGUGGGCUUUAUGGGCGAUCGAUAUUGGGAAUGGGUAAAUCUGCCAGUAAACCGGCCCAUUCGAUAUUUCCAAUCAGAAAUUUUAGAGAUACUAUCAAUUACACCAUGGUACAUCUUGCCAAUUGUCUGGCUACCCAUAAUCGCGUAUUUCCUUUAUAUGGGCUGCGUCUCGAAUAUUUCCACAAACAUCGCGAUUACAGCGCAAAAUAUUUUACCGUCUUUCGUUCUGGGCCUAUUUAUCUGGACCAUUGUGGAAUAUUUCGUUCAUCGAAAAGUAUUUCAUUUUAAACCACCGCAUAAUUCGAAAUUGCUGAUUACUCUGCAUUUUUUGUUCCAUGGAAGCCAUCACAAGGCGCCAUUGGAUGAACGAAGACUGGUAUUCCCACCGACAUUUAGUUUAGUUGUAGCAGCAGUUGUUUGGCAAAUUUAUAAAGUCAUAUUUCCUUUGGCAACAGUUCAUCUUGUGGCCGCUGGUACCAUAAUAGGCUAUUUGGGCUACGAUUUAAUACAUUACUACUUGCACCAUGGAGCACCGAUAGCAGGAUCAUAUCUAUAUACGAUGAAAAGAAGACACAAUUAUCAUCACUUUGUACAUCAUGACCAAGGAUUUGGAGUUACUAGCGAAUUGUGGGAUCGAAUACUUAAAACGGAUUCAAUUCUGCGAAAAUUAAAUGAGCCUUUAAAAUGGUGAAACCGGUGACUUGAAGAAAAUACGUAUUUACAUUUAUACACUAAUACAUUAUACAUUUUACACUGAUAGUAUCUACUUGUUUAAUAUUUGUAUUGUACAAA